AUGACGCGUGGCAACCCACUUAGUAGCCCACCCCUUUUCUUCUUGAACGCCUUGCCGGAGACGAGUCAAGUGUACGGUGGUCAAGUACUCAUAUACUGGAGAGGAUUUGAAAUCCCAGGCCAAGGCUCCAAUCAUGCUCUGGGGUUCAUGCCGCUGCAUGGUCAACGUCCAAUGCCGUGGCUGGACUAUUUCAUGCCAGCUGCCUCGGUGUUGGCAUUCUUCAAGGUCGUAUAUAGCCAUAUACUACGUAAGUUGCAGCGUGGAGGCGGUAGCUUUGGAAAGGAUUCGAUGUCGCGAAACUACUACCCAACUUUCCGUACCUACACCUACUACGAGGAGCAAGCAGGUCACGAAAAGGUACUUUGUGUCUGA